AUGCACACCCGGCACGGCCGGUCCGGACCCCGAUCGCGUCUCGGGUGUGUCACGUGUAAACAGCGGCGCGUCCGCUGCGACGAGACCCACCCCGUAUGCGGCCACUGCCGGCGCCUACAGUUUGAAUGCCGGUAUCAGACGCCGAAGGCUGGGCAACAACGAAGGAGACAGCCGGCACAGCGGUCGGAGGCAUCCCAGGUACCUGGAGUGAGCAGCAGCCAGCCAGAAAUUGACCUCAGCAACCCAUUGGCUGUUCCCAUUCCCGGCCCUGCGCCUGCUGUCGCCAACGAAUUGGCGGUUUCCGAGACCGGCCUUGGCGACAUCGACAACCACAUCGACUACUUGCAAUUGCGGCGCGGCGGGCGGCAGCGUAGCCAGCAACAGAGCUAUCAAAGUCAACAACGCAACCAACUGGCACUCCCCGACACUGCGGCUCCAGAUCUGUGGGCAUACUCGUAUACACGAAGUGGAUAUGCAACACCGAAUGGGAUCAACAACAACAACACCAACGGCAACAACAACAGCCUACCGUGGACACCUGCUCGGCGAUACGAUUUCUUCGAUGUCUUUGCCGACCUCGACACCUCAUGGGCGGGCGAGUUUGCGUGUGUGGUCCCCGAGAUUCAGACACCGACGGGUCUAGAUACACUGGCCGUUGCAGUUGCGGCGGCUUCUGAUGCGUCCCAGCUCACCGCGCAACAUGUACCUGAGGCCGGGGGGCCGCCGAGCACACGUGCUGUGGCAUCCGGAACCGACACUAGUCCGCCCGUGCAACAGCCGCUGCAGAAUGUCAUGCAUGCGGGCAGUGCUGGUGGUAAAAAUGAAAGCGACGUGGAUAACGUUGCUCAUCUGAUGCAACGGUUCCAUCAAAUCGUGCAGCCUCCCGCAGCUAUCCUCAUCGGGGGCUUCGAACGUUGGCGUCGUCUACAGCACUAUUUGUGCAAGCUGGGCGACAAAUCCCGCGCUGUUCGCAGUGCCCUCCUGUGUCUCAUUGAACUGCUCGCCAUAGAUGACGACGGUGAAGGACUGGAAGGCGACCAGAGAGAGAAGCGGAUGCAGCGCAUUCUUGAGCGACAUGCCUCGGCCUGCCAGGAAAUCGAAGCCAAACUGGGCUGCAGCGCUACCAUCACCACUGAAGCGGCUGAUAUGGCCGACAAGGCCGUACACCCACUGCGACCCAAAACCAGAGAACACCUGCUGGCAGCCAUCUUUUUGCUGUCCUGGUUUGAGGUCAUUCGCGACCAGGACUCGCACACGCGCCUGUUCCCGCGCCACCUGGCCGAGCGCGUCAUCACCAGUGCUACGACGACGAGUCCGACCAGCAGUGCCACAAGCUGGAGCCGCUACUCGCAGCAGCUGCUGUCGUGGCUCAAUACUCUCGACAGCAAGGCUGCCCACAUGGGUCGGGAGACACUGUUGUCGCCAAAGACACUGGAGGCCGUGGCACAUUUCCCGAUCCACAUCACCUCGUCCCUGGACCAAGAGCACGGCGAGGCUGACAGCAGCAAGGGCCAAGCGGGGACAGCACCGGUUCACGAUGAUGAAGACUCGGAACUGUCCUCCGUGGACGAAAUGUCGCCGUCGUCGUCGCCCGCGUCGGCUGUGUCGAUGGGCGUUCAAUCGAAGACACCACAAGCCCAGGCGCACGGCCGGGGUCGGCCACAUAGACAUCAACAGGCACCCGGUAGCCGUCCCAACGUACACGGCGCCGGAGACCGGUGGUCACCACAGCUGGCCCCUGUUCAGGUCAAGCAGGUCUUGUUGCGGACCGUCCUUCAGCCCGCCCUGGAGUGGUACCUCACGUCCCAGUCGUACUGCCGCCGGAUCAGCGCUCACGACAAGCAUCACCGCCGGCGGUUCACGAGCGACGACGAGUACGAAGUCAUCCUCGCGGGCAAACAGCUCGAGUCGGAACUGUUUGCGCUCUGGGAUGACCGCCCGGACGUCAUGUCGCUGACCAGCCAGCAGCUGCGCGCCGUUGUCGCCGCCGAUGUGGCGAAACGGUUGGAGGCCAUCUUUAGCGUCUACCUGGCCAGCUUCUGGAUCCUGUUUGUGCACCUCCACCGCAUCAGCUGGUGGCACCUGCCGCACUCGGCCUUGGCGCGUCGGGCCCUGGACGAGGUGUGGCAGCACAUGCAGCGGGCGUACGGCGAGGAAAUCUCCGUGCCUGGGCCUGGGCCCAAUCCGACCGUGACGGUCCGCAAAGUCAUCCAUCCCAGCCUGCUGUGGCCCGUGUUCUUGUUUGGCUCCGAGUGCAGCGACCCGGCGCAGGCGCAGUGGGCCAUUGAGCAGCUCGAGGCGCUCGGUGAGGCCAAGCCGGUUUUGGAGGAAGACGCCGUCGGCGACAACAACAACACACUGCCGCCUUUUCGACUGAGUUCGGGUGCGACACGCAACGCAAAGCGGGCGGCUCUGCUGUUACGCCAGCUUAUAAAAGAGCAAACCGCCAAGGGGGCCAGGGUGGAUGACCGGGAUCUGUCGAUGCGCUUGUUUGGCUGUUACUUUUCAAUUAUAUGA